UAAUGGAAUCAAGUUUCAGAUCAUACCUGGAAUAUUUUUUUCGAAGGUCACUAUUUACUGAGCAAUUGAAACUCUUUAUUUUUAUAUACGAUAAUAGGCCAUUCUUUACUCUAUAUGAUUAUAAAUUUUUAAUAGGAUUAUUUCCUGUUUUCAUUAAAAAAUUCGCUGGUUUAUUGAGAAACAUUUUUGCGAAUUUUUUCAUAGAUGAUAUUCCACUACUGUUCAAUCAUUUAGCUAUUGUCUGUGACACACAGCUGAGUAGACUAUCGAUUCAUAUAAUUUUGGCCAGGUUUAAAUCUAGUCGUAGAAGUGACUUUUGGCGAAGUAGUAUAAUCUUUUUCCCAUAGAUAUAGAAAAAGGAUCAAAUUUUAGCAUUAAAGUCUAAUUUUCUACUCAACUUCAAAUCACUUCUAAGGAACACCUUUUUGCACGAUUAAACUGAAUAGAUGUCUACCAUCUAAUUCAAUUUUCAUCAUUAAUAAUUUUGAUUUAACGGAAAUACAUACUUGCAAAAGUUUUGGUUCAGUACUUCUUAGAGUUUAUAAAAAUUUUUCGAAGAAAUAUGAAUAAAAUAAAAUAACAACUACAUAGAUCAAUAGAGUAACGCACGCUCUAUUCAAAUAUAUCACAAUAAGAAAUACCUAAGGUUUUAUAGAAAAUAGAGCAAAGCGAGCGAAACUAUCAAAAAUAACGUAAUCAACCUGUAUAUAGAGACCCUGUAGCGGACUGUAUUGUCAAAAUGUUUAGCUUAUUCGUACAUAACAUAAUGACCACUGCUUUCUCUGUGUACAUGAAGUUUAUGUAUGAAGAAAAAAAACCUGAAUUGAAUGCAUAUAUGAAUCAGUCAAGAAAAUAUUAUGUCAUGUAUAUCAGAUAUUCCUAAGGUAAGUACCAUAUUGUAACGAAUUCUAGAAUAGGAAAAUUUGAAUUGUUCUUUUUUCUGAAAGAGAAUUUUAGUAUCAACGACAACAAAAAAUGUUUCAAUUCCAGUUCUUGAUUUUUCUCAGUCUUUCGAAGGAUAUAUUUCAUUUAAUUUUGUCUAAAUUCGGUCAUAAUAUAAUGCUUAUUAUACUCGUGAGUAAUCAUCAUUCUUAAAACAAGCAUCUUCAUGUGCAGUUUCGAGAUUUCGUCAUGUCUGACGUUUUCAAUGGCUAGAAAUUGCGUUCAAAGCAUUUUUGAGUAGUUUCAUGGAUGAAGAUUACUGUAGAAAUUCUGCAAGACACAAGAUACGUUCAAAUAGUAGGAAGGGCUCCGAUGACUAAUUGACAUAAUAUUCUAGAAAAAAAGCCAUAGAAAUAUUUUAAUUUACAAGAUAAAUAAUAUGUGUUUUGUAUUUGCUAUAUAGUUUGAUUGGAAGCAAUUAAUUAGCAAUGAUGUUGAUGAUAAUGAUUUAGCACAAAAUAUCAGACAAAUAUAUGCGUUAGCGUCUGGAGAACAUUCGGAAGUCCAAUUAACUGCCAGCGAUGAGCAUCAAAUUAGAUCUGUUUGCCAUCGAGCUGUUGAACAUCAACUUGUUCAUUUGUUUCAAUCUCUGAGGGCAACAGAAAAAUUGUUAUUACUCGUAUUAAAUUUCAUUACAACAGUAAAUGGUUUAACAGUGGCUAUUUUCGAUCAAUAUCAAUCGGCAAAUUUGAAAAUUGAACCAUCUCUUCUUCAAAGCCUAAAAUCAAGAUUGCAAUUAAGAAAUGAAUUUCUUAAGUUUGACUGGCCGAUCGAUGAUGAAACAUCGAACAAUAUACUUGAUUCUAUUUGUAAGACACAUUCUACUCCAUCAUCAUUUCGUUCGUUAUCAUACGAUAAAUUAACUUCUGAGUACCUUUCAAAAGUCUCAGAUUAUCAAAAACAAAUAAUGGAGAGUGUGUGGAUGGAUGGAAACGAACUUCGAACAAAAAUGAAAGAAUACAAAAUAUCACUAUCGGUAUCUAGUGACUUAGAAAAUCAAGGUUUUCAUCGACUUGAUGAAUUAACUGAUGACAAUGUCAAAACACUAAUGCAAACAGAUCAAGUUGCCAUGAAAAAAGAAUUGAACGACGUCAAAGAUAAUAUGGCAAAAAUGAAUGUUAUUCAAGAUAAACAUAACAGAUUAAAAGCAAACUUAACUCAGAUGAUAAAAAAAGAGAGUCGUAAGGGUAAAGAAGAGGCGGCCAAACACGACAAAGAUUUGAUUCAACGAAAAGAGCAAACAAAAGAAGCAAUUAAAAUUGUUGAAAGUAUUCGCAAGAACUUAGACCGACUCGGUGCAAAUGGCAAAGAACAAUUACAAGUGAAAUUGAGCGAUAUUGCGUCAAAACUCAAUGUCAAUUGGCGAUUCACUGAAGAUGAAUUGAAUAAACCUGACGCAUUAUUAAACUCAAUUCUUAGCGAUUUGAACAGUGCAAAUCAUCAAUAUAGUGUUGGUUCGAUUACAGCUUACAAGACGGAUGAAGAUAUUAUUGGUCAUGUUAGUGGUGGUAUCGUACUAUAUGGAAUACAAUUAACUGAUCCGAAAAGAUUAGGAGGAAAAGCACAACGACCUUUGCUGUCCAGCCCUAUCUAUUGUCCGCUUCUCAGUCCAUCGCUACCGUUUGAAUCGACGCAGAAAACAUUUACUAGUCUUGAAGCAUCGAAUCAUUUCAUGCAGACAAUAAAAACCAGUGGUAUUACUGUUGCUGCCCAUAUAGAAGCAUCUGGUUGGAGUUGCCAUACAAAAGUUUCUUUGGAUCAAAGUAAUCAGAAUAUUUCAACAUCAUCGAGUAAAAGGAAGAUACAUUCAACAACAGCUAUUCAAGUCGAUUAUAUGGUGGUACCGAUAAAAUGUUUUCGAAUACCACGAGAAGAAAUGAAACUAUCAACUGAAGCCGAACAUGCGUUGGCUGACGUUAAUACUUCGCAAAAAGCACGACAUUUUUUACGUCAAUUUCAUUCACAUGUGAGUGACGGAAUUCAGCAUAUUGGAGGAAUAUUCAUGCGCAUAGUCACAGUUGAAACGAAAGAAGACACCGAUGUACAAACAUUAGAAUCAUUAGCAGCAAAAACAAUGAAUUCAUCGAUCAGUGCCGGUGGAUCAUAUGCAGGAUUCAGUGCGGGAGUUGGCGUGUCUGUUGAAGACUUUGAGACCAAUACGAAUCAACAAGGAAAUGAGAAAAUUCGACGUCAAGCAACAAUCAACCGAAAAAUUCAAUGUAUCGGUCCUCCGUGCUCUAAUCCGGAGUUAUUUGUACAGGCACUGCGUGCAUCUAAUUCGUCGUGGUACGUAAUUGAUCGCGAUUCAUUAUCAUCAUUUAUUCCGAUUUGGGAAAUUAUUCUGAUGCGAUAUUCGUCUCAGCCACACAUGGUUGAAGCAGCUAAUUUACUCAAGCGUCAAUGGCUAAUUGAAGCACAAGAUUAUGAUAAUAUUUUAUUGAUUCAAAGUGAAAUUCAACGCGUACGAUAUAAUGACUAUUCUGCGAUUGGUACCAUAAGUCUGAACUUAAUGAAAGUUCCGAUGCAUGCCAAAAGUAAAAAACAAUUCGAUAUGCUUGAAACAGAAAUCAAACAACUUUUCAAUGAUUUCGACGUUCAUGAAUUAUCAUCAAGUAUGCUUCUAAAUAAAGUCAUUGCACUUUUUCAAUUAAUUGUUGUAUGGAGUAAUGAAUGUCAAGAAGAUUUCUUAAAAUUACUACUCCAACAUGAUACGAUGAAAUCCAUAUUAAAAUCAUUAGCUCUCUGUUCCGACGAAAACAAAGUGAAUCACAUUUUGCCGGUACUUGCAAAUGUAUUUUCAGAAGAGAAAGUGGAAGACUUAUACCAGCAACAAGUAGAAUUGGAACCGGAAAUUUUGGCCCUUAUUCGAAGAAGUCACACGAAGACACAAAGUGACGAUGGUUCGUGUUGCGACAUAUUCAGUAUACCUAUUGUUCCACUGAAUGAAUUACCAUCGCAUCUCGAGAAAUUAAUGAGUGAAAAAUAUAGCAAAGCUCCUGAUUUUACCACAGAAGUUUCAUUGAUUAUCAGUCGAAGUUUGAAAAAUACCAAAAAAACGAAUGACGUACAAUAUUUGCAACCAUUCACACGCCUCUUAGUUACAUAUGGAUGGUCCAACGAUAUGGAUGGAUUUGUAGGACCUCUUACCUAUGAAGGCCUUGAAUCGUUACUUGCUGCUAUGAAUGAUAUUUUUCCUAAGGAAUCGGCGCAAAAACUCACUCGACAAACAUCAGUCGCACCUUUCAUGUUCACGGAAUAUAAUAAAUCGAUGAAAGACGAUGACAAUAAUAGAAAGCUGUUAUACAAUUAUACCCACUGGUUAGUUGAUCGUCCAGUUGCACUCACCUGGGAACCUGUACAACGAUUCAUGGAUACGUUACGUCACAGAUUAAAGAUCGAUCCUAUUUCAGAAACAUCAACAACAUCAGGUACAGGUGAUAUAUGUCGAACAUUGAAAGGCUGGGGAAAGAAAAAACCUGUGGAAACAAUGGCAACAACACCUGAAAUUAAAUCCGAAAUAGUUGUAGCAUCGGCAUCAUGUGCAUCCGACCCUAAAACUUCAUCCUUGCAAUAUCAAACAAUAUACGAUAUUUUAAUUCAUAUACUCAAUUAUUCCGAUCUACUCAGUCAAAUUGAACUAUUUCGUUUACUGCUCGAACGACGAACAGCUGUUCCCAUAUUAUUACCAUCAAAUAAUUUGAAGGCACCAGCAUACAGUUAUCUAAUCGAUGCUUUAUCAUUUGUUCCUACCAAACUAUCACAACAAAGAGAAUACAAUCUGUCCAGUGAUUGUUCACUGUUACGAAUAGCUAUACUCUCGAUGAGACCAUUGAAACAAAGCGAAAGUAGUGAAUGGAUGAAACAAGUUUUCUCCUGUCAUUCCCUUAUGUUACUGUCAUCUGAUGUCAAGAGUAUGUCUACGAAUGAAUGCAUUGCUGAAAUAGGUGUCGGUUUUGUUCCAUGUUCAACAGCUGAAAGAAGCAGUGAAAAAUAUAAAGAAGUAUUAGUUCUUAAUGUUAUUGGAAAUUAUUUAUCGAUCUGGUCGUACAUUCAUCGAUUUGCAGAUGUACUCAUGGUAGAAGAAGAACCUUCGAGUAAAGCGAGUUUUCAUCCAUUAUCUUCUUUAAAAGAUGAAUGCCGCGUAAUCACAUGGAAAACAGCAACGCAAAAAAGUGAAUUAGAUGUCACUGUUGAUGGCUAUCUUCAUUUAUCAAGUAGUAUCAUUCAAACAGUUAGUGAUAUUCAAAAUUCUCUGUUAGAGUUAUUAUUGGAUGAAUCAUAUAAUAGCCAACGCUUUUCUCUAAAAUCAAUAAUUUGUCCUGAUUUAUACUAUUCGACAAUUAUCCAUUUAAUUGACACGGAAAACAUUAUACGAGAACAAGAUUACUCUAAGGUUCGUCUUUUAGAAUUACCUUUACAACAAAUAUUUGUAAAAGAAUCAGAAAACAUAGCAUUGAAAAAUAAAAACAAAAAUAAUGAUGUUGAACAACAACGAAUUCAACGUUUAAUUGAUAGUUAUCAGAAGGAACGUCGUGAAAAAGCGUACAAUGUUGAAAAAAAUCAAUUGAUAAAAUGUUUUACGGGUGUUCUAGCACUUGAAAAUCGUCAACUUCGUACACUGACCAUACAUCAAGUAACUCAACAAAUUGAAUUACAUUCACGAUCAGCAAUGAAAACAUUAAUUGACCGAAAAGAUGAAGCUUUCAAUGAAUAUGAUCGUGAUCAGCAAAAUCACUCAAAGCAAGAAGCGUAUUUUGAAGCGAAACGUUUGUUUACCAAUAGCAGCGUUGGAAUUGAACAUUUGUGGCGAGAAAUAUGUCAUUUAUAUGCCAGUAAUCCAACACGAUACGCAGAUUUUCCAGCAAUGGCUGCAAAACAUCUGAUUGAUGGUUUUGCAUUAGAAUUAUUAGAUGGUGAUGCAGGCAUGCUCGAACAAACUUGGAUCAAAGCUGUCUUUUCACAACUUGAACAACAACUAAUGAAACAACGUGAUUCUAAAUCGACGAAAAAUCCAAUUCGAAUAUUUAUUUUGAGCGUACUUGGCGUACAAAGUACGGGAAAAUCUACUCUGUUGAAUCUUAUGUUUGGUACACGUUUUCGUACAAGUGCAGGAAUGUGUACACGAGGUGUUAAUAUUCAAUUAUUAAAAGCCGAAAAUCGUCCCGAAUAUGAUUAUGUUUUGAUACUCGACACUGAAGGUAUUCGUGCUCCAGAAUAUACAGGCUUGGCCGACUCGGCAUGGCGAGAUAAUCGUUUGGCAACAUUUGCCGUAUUACCUGCUGAUGCAACAAUUAUAUUGAUCAACAGUGAAGAUGACAGUGCUGCUCGUGAAGUACUUCCGAUUGUUAUGUUAGCCUAUCAACAAAGUGAACUUGCAGCAUCAACAACAUCUCAAUUAAGUACGCGAAUAUUUUUUGUCUAUACACGAGUCGACAUGAAUGAUACAAAAAAACUUGUUAACAAUAUUCAAGCAAUGUUUAUUGAUUUAAAAAAUAAUGCUGGCAAGUUGCAAAAAGAUUCCGGAAGUCAAGACAAUCAAAUAGGAAACUACGUGUUGUUUCGUGAUUUUCGUGUCAAAGCUGAGAAUGGUGACGUCGGUGGGAAAGAAAGUGAUAUCAGAUUUUUAGGAAAAGUAAAAAAAUCCGAUGUACCACCAGACGAUGUACCUGAUACUGAUUACGGUGAUUUAGUAACACAACUCAAUGAAUAUCUCUACAGACGAGUUGUAUCGAGAAGUUCUGAUGGACAACAAUGGAAAGCAAGAGAACUUAGUACAUUUGUUCCUUAUAUUGAUUCAAUAUGGCAAUGCAUAAUGUCAGUCGAUUUUACUUUAUCAUUCAAAUCAGUUAUGGAACGAUUGACAUACGAUAAACUACAAGCAUACUGUAUAUCACAACGUACAAAAUUAGCUGGUUUGUUCUCACAAACAUAUGAUGAAAUUGAGACAAAGAUUAUCGGCGAACAAUUGCCUGAUCAACAGACAAGAAUCAAUGAACAACAGCAAAGUGAUUACUGUAGGAAAAAAAUAGGUUAUUAUCAAGCAGAACUAUCACGAAUGGUUGAUGUCAAAGCAGCUGAAAUUAACAAACAAGUUUUGGAAGAUCUGAAAGACGAGCGUUAUCAAUUAUGGUAUACAGGAACUAAAGAUAAUUGGAUGGCAUUUUACACUAAUCAAAAGACUCAUAACAAUUCCCGUAUACAUCAACUGGUGACAAACCGUUUAUCUUAUGAUAGCAAAUUGAUUUAUUAUCAACAACAAAUACGUAAGAAUAUCACGAAUUCAUUUAAAGAUAAAAAUGAACAACAACGUAUGGCCUUAUCAAAAAAUGAAUCACAACAAAGAGAAGAAUUCAGUCAGAUUUAUGACGAUAUACUUAGUGAUGCUAGGAGAAAUCAUCCACCAGAACAGGUCGAAUCAAAUGUUAAGCGUUUGUAUGAGAGCAACGGAAUCGGGCAUGAAUGCAAUUACACACUCAAAUAUAAUGAACUGAAGAUGCGACCAAAAUCAUCAUCGUUUUUUGACAAUAUCGGUGAAUUUUUUAAAGGCAUUUUUGGCAAAAACAGGUCUGAAAAAGAACCGCAGCAGUUCAUCCUUGAAUUGGUAUCGUUUGUCGAGAAUUUAUUAACGCCCAUCAAACGCUAUUCCGACGAUCUUGUACAACAAGCAAUUAAUCACACGCGUCAAAAACUAUGUGACUAUGGUGGAAAUCGCAAAUCUGUUCUAGAACAUGCGCACCAAAUAGUUUACUCGUUGUUAAUUCAACAGUUGACCGAAAAACAACAUGAAUGGGAACGACAUAACUCAAUAUCGGUACGCUUGAAGUAUGCACAAGAUGAUUUAUGGAAUUUCUACUGUAACACAAUCAGAGGCAUUGCUGGUGUCAAGCUACUCACAUCAGAUUUGAAAGCUAUUCUUUUGAAGAAUGAUAGAGCUGGAUUAACUCAGAAGAUCAUAAGAUACAUUGUUCAUGAUUUACAAAGUGAAGCAUGGGUGCAAAAUAGUCGAGUAUUGAUGGCACGUGCAGACUUAGAUUUAUUGAAGCUGAUUGAAAAUGGAGAAGUCGAUGAAAUGAUUCACUAUGUUGCUCAUUCGUCAGCACAUUAUCAAAAAAUUGUUGAUCAAUUAAUUCAGCAGAAGAUUAUUAAUUGUGUAGAAAAUCAGUGGAAUGAGUAUCACAGUUCAUUGAAAUCAGCUUUUAAUUCUACAUUUAUUAAAACACAGGCAUGGAAAAAUAAAAUUUGCGAUGAAAAUGAAAAAGAUAAAUCAAAAAUUUCUCGAGGACGUACACAAUUCUUCUUAAAAGAACUUAUAGAAAAUUUAAACAACUACAAAUUGCCGGUAAUAUUUGCUGAUGCAGUUCGAACACUUAAUAUUGAAAAUUACAGCAGUUGUGAUGAUGAACCAAUCGAAAUAUGGAAAGAAAUAGAAAAUAAUCUAUUCGAUGCGACAGUAAACGAAAGUGUCAUUGAGCUGACCGCAGAAGAAACAACGUAUAUAUUACAGAAUACACUAGAUGAAAUGAUUAAUAAUCAAAGAAAUGAAGCAGUCAAAAUGAGAUGCAAUGAACCAUGUCCAAUGUGUAAAAUGCCAUGUAAACGUUCAUCAGGGCACACAAGUUCAUUGGAUGAAAAUGAAAGACGACACGAUUGCGAUCAUCAAUCUGGUGGAUUAGGUGGAACACAUUGGGCAGAUGAUGUUAAAUCUAAAGCUAGAGAAUUAUGUUAUGAAUCUUGCUCGAACCAUGUCGCUGCUGGUAAUCGAUUUCAAAAAGAUGGCGUAUAUUACCCGUAUAGCGAGUUUGCACAACAUUAUUCUUGGUUAACGCCUCAAUCAACAACCGAAGUGAUGCAUGAAGUACGACAGUAUAUAUUCUACAAUUAUCAAAAGGAACUGGCUACCUAUUAUAAUUAUCUUCCAUGUUCAAAUAUACCAUCGUCAUUCAAUCAUCAACGAUCGAUUUUGUCUGCUAAUUUAAAAGAAAUUAUUGAGAAGAACAAAUAA